UGCCUGCUCAGUGAAAUGAGGUCUCUUGACUGAAACAGCAGGGGGCGCUUUGUAGACAUGUUUAUUUUUUACUUUUACUUUCUUUUGGCACCAACAUGUAAGGUAAACUAACGCUAGAUGCCACUUUUGACUCUCCGAGCUAUUGAACAGAAAAGUCAACCAUGAGCUCCAGUGAAGGACAUUGUGUCAGAUCCAGGCAGCCCACCCUGCCUCCUCUCUGCAGCAGGACCCUGCACCACCCCUCUUUCCUGCCUCUCUACAUGGCUGCACGCCCUCACGGCGCGGGCAGCAGCAGCCAAACAGUCUGCCCCCCAGUACAUCCCAUCACCCCAGCAGAGGUUUUCUACACUGAUCCCACCAUGGGCCGUGGCAGGAGGAUCCCCAACAUAGUGAGGCAGUUGAGGGUCUUCGAUAGCUUCCGGCUCAGCACCCCGCCACCAGUUAUGACUUCCUGCCCAGCCCCACCAACGCGUCCAGACCCAUUCCGAUCUGGACCACACCCCACCAGGGAUCUGGGCAGCCUCACCUUGAAAAUAAAUACCCUCCACCCUCCGGUGCAGCCAAGCCGGGUCGUCCUCCAGCUUUCCCCAGAGGAGGACCAGGCCAUUACUAACCUCCUGAAACUGCACCACCAAGGGCCCUUACACAGUGAAAAGACCUUUACUGCUCCGCAGAUGGACUUUUGCAGAGUAGACUUGAACCCCAUACCGUUCCUUAGUCCCCCUCAACCUAUGGAAGCAUACAAGCCCUUCUGUAGCGGUCUGCAGCACACAAGGGAGGCCAGCUUGCAAGGUCAGCAGGGAAGAUGUUGGUCAGAUACGGAGCUUGAAGCAGCUAACACCCUCUUGAAUCGCUUUAGCCUAAUAGAGAAGGACAAAACCUGGGGCCAAAAUCACAAUAACUCAGCAGCAACACUUCCUGACCCUCUGCCACACCAGCAACAAGGAUCUGAGACUUUUUUCAUAACUGCUGGUUAUACCCAAAACAGGGAACGUGGAGAACGAGGCUGCGGGGAUUUAAGGUUUGUGGAGGGAAGGAAUGCCGAUGAUGUUCCCCUGCCAGUUUGUGAGGAAUACGUGACAUCGUCUUCACCCUCCUCAGACGGCAGCUCGAGUGUCUCUGGAGGUUUUUCAGAGGUGAAGGAACGGACGCUCUCAGACUCUGAGGGAGAUGCUGUUCAGGUGCUCCUGAGCCUCGGAGACAUGGGGGCACUGGAUAUCGUGCAGUGACUGUUGUUGUCCCUGAAUGUUUUUUUAAAAGGGACUUCCAUACCUCUUUCUCAUUAUGGAAACAACUAGUUGAAGGUUCUUUGCACAAGUUUUUAACUUGAAUAACUUUGACCCAAAUAUACCCCCAAUUUUCUCAUUUGAGAAUUUCACGUCCAACUUGACCAGUCUACUGCAUCAGUGUUCAAUAAAAAAACGAUCAACAGUUGAGUCUCUGUUACUGAAUAACAAACAAAGAGUUUAAAGGACAGACUUUUAUUAAAAGCACUACCACUGUUCUGAAGGAGAGAAUCCCCUCCACCCCCCACUUACUAUUUACAGCAAAUUGUACAUAUACAGUGUAUCUUCACAGGGGGGAGCUACAGCAAUACUCCACAAUGGCCAGUGACAUAAGCUACAAGGCUAGUGGACAGCACAACGAUCUGAAACAUAAUGGCACAAUAGCUCAGCCCACAUUUACAUGCACUUUCAAAGCUGUUGUUCUUGAUUUGAUGCCGACACAAGUGUUCGUGUAGGUCUGUGUGCUGAGUUUUAGUAAAAGGCACUUCCUAAUUAAAUUUCUUUGCAGGUCCAUCAUGUUGUGUUUAGUUUUAUCAUAAACAAAAGUAUCAUAAAACAUGUCAUGUCCUGUAUUCGGGCCACCUUGUUGCGACUUGUUGUUGUGCAUGCCAGGAAUGAGAGGAUUCAACUUGUGCGUGCGUGUGACAACUGUGGCACAAGAGGCGUUUACGGGAACACCCGACUCUUUUCUUUGCAGCCGGUCUGACAUUUGGACAAUCUGGUCGAGCAGCGGCUAGAAUGAUCGGCAUUUCCAAACUGCAGCUUUCACAGCAGAGCAUGAUGACACAUCAACACAGGGCUAUGUGCUCACAAGAGGAGGCGACUCUGCUGCUGCCAGACGCUGAUCUCUGUUAUUGAAUGCACACAUGCACAUUCGGUGUCAGUAGUAAAUGAUCUACCUCAAGCUCCCAGCUGCUUAAAGGCACACUCACACAGUUUUUAAAAAGGUGACGACUGCGUUUCUGGUAUGAUGUCUCAUGAUAGUCACCCUUCUCCUUUUAUCUUUCAUUUCCUCGUUGUUAGAAACUGACACUUCAGCUAAUAAAGCUCCCGGAAUAGUCUGAAGUGUUUCUCUCCAUUUAUAGUCCUUUUAAAAAUUAUCUCUGUUAACGGUGUUGGUCUUGGCGACCAUGCCUGCAGCCUGCAUGACUCUGUAGCGCUCUCGGAUGUUUCGCCGCCUCACGUGCUCAUUGGUGAUCUCGAUGACGUUUGCCUCGGGGAACCAGCCCUUCUGACCGUCGGAGAGGCGGAUCCCUUCAUAACAGCCUUGGAGGAAGAGGGGGGAGAUAGGAGGGGAG